AUGAAGGGAUAUGUGUAUAGAUACGAGCAACUGGCAAACAAGCCUGUGAAGUUUCUAUUGUUCAUAAAGAAAACUCCUGUCCCCAAGGCAAUAGAACUUCCUGAUAACAUAAAGAGUAAUUUUAAUACAGAAAUCAGUAUAAGGGACAUUUUAGACGUAUUAGUUGAAAUCAAAAUCACAGAAGCAGGAAAUAGACAACUUAGAAAUGAACAUUUGUUGAGGCUACUGAAAGGGGCUAUCCUAAAUACUAAGCAUGUUUAUGUGACUAACUUAUAUCACGGUGGACACAUUUCCUUUGUGACGUCAGAUAGACUUUGGGUCAGUGAUGGACGCAGUCUUAUUUUGACCAAUUCUAAAGGUAACAAUCUGCAUCGUUUAUUUGAUGUAAGUAAAUACUUUGGUGUACAUGUAUACAGUAAACAGUGCAGGAGAGUUGAUUAUGUAGACGAAGACUGGAACAUUAACAAACUUAGUGCAGACAAUACUACAAAGUCGACACUAAUAAAGAGAAAAGAACUAUGGGAACCAUGGUGUAUCUGUCACUCUGCCUCUACUGGAGAUUUGCUGGUCUUGAUGAGAUAUGAUUCAGAUAAUGCUACCAUACCAUUAUCAGAUGUGAAAGUCAUUCGGUAUAAUAGUACACUACAACCAACCCAAACCAUCCAAAACCACAAGACAGGCACACUAUUAUAUAGUGAGCCUAUCUAUAUCACGGAGAACCGGAAUGGAGAUAUUGUCGUGUCUGAUUCAAUCAAUGGUGUUGUGGUCACAGACCGUAAAGGGAAAUAUCGUUUCACUUACAGAGGACCACCAGAAGAAUUUUUAUUGGAAUUUCUUAUGCCACAUGGAAUCUGUGUGGAUGCAUUCUUAAAUAUCCUAAUCUGUAGUCGAUCGGACCAUAGAAUACACAUGAUUCACAAGGAUGGUCAUCUCCUAUCAAUUCUCUCAACGAAAGAAGCUGGGGUGAUUGAACCAUUGGGUCUGGGAUAUGACGAAAAAAUUCAUCUUGUUUUGAUGGGAUCAGGCCACAACAACAUACUGCGUGUAUACAAAUUUAUAGAACGACAAGAUUAUCUUGCAUAA